AAAAUCCCCAAAGAUUGCAUCUUUCUAUUCUACCUCGCUCAGGGAAAUGGAAGCCGAUGAUGAUCUUGGUUUGGGGAUUGCUUACACUACUCAGCAUCGAAAGAGAGUAAUGGUGGUGAUUGAUGGUUCAAACUCAUCAAAAGCUGCCAUUAAUUGGGCCCUAACCCACGUUGUUAACAAUAUCGAUCUCCUCACUCUUCUGCACAUCAUCCCUCCUCAAUCUCAUCAUAAUCAAUCAGCCAUUUCUACUACUACUAAUUAUCUUGGUUCUUUUUGCAAAGCCUGCAAACCCCAAGUAGAAGUAGAAGCACUUGUGUUACAGGGUCCAAAGUUAUCCACCAUUAUAAGCCAAGUCAAGAAGCUUCAAGUGUCAGUCCUCAUUCUGGCACAAUCUUCUUCUCCCCAUCUCAAUUGGUUGCUCUGCGGGUGUAGAUCAGAGGAAUUUGUGGAGGAAUGCAUUAAGUCGGUGGAUUGCUUGACCGUUGGGGUGAGGAAGCAGAAGAGAGGCGUCGGUGGAUAUCUCAUCACCACCAAAUGGAAGAGAAACUUCUGGCUAUUGGCUUAG